AUGGAGAUAUCUGUUCAGGAGCAGCUGCUGGACAUGCUGCAGAAUCUGGGAGAGGAGGAGCUGAAACUUUUCCACUGGUACCUGCAAGAUGUCCAGAAAGGUGAUUUUCCAUCCAUCAAAACAUGCUAUCUGGAAAAAGCAGACAGACUGAAAACUGUAGAUUUGAUGGUGGGGACAUAUACUACUGACCAUGUGAUGGAAGUGGCAAGGGCAACUUUAAAAAAGAUGAAUAAAGGAAAUCCAUCAGUCCAGGCAGCUUUAUCACUUUCAUCAGAAGAGACUCUGGAGAAAUGUCAGCCCAAACUAAAGUCUAACUUGAAGACCAGGUUCCAGUGUGUGUUUGAGGGCAUCGCUAAAGCAGGAAACCCAACCCUUCUGAAUGAGAUCUACACAGAGCUCUACAUCACAGAGGGAGGGGCUGCAGAGGUCAAUGAUGAACAUGAGGUCAGACAGAUUGAAACAGCAUCCAGGAAACCAGACAGACCAGAAACAACAAUCAGACAAGAAGACAUCUUUAAAGGCUCACCUGGAAGAGAUGAACCAAUCAGAACAGUGCUGACAUUGGGAGUGGCUGGCAUUGGGAAAACAGUCCUAACACAGAAAUACACCCUCGACUGGGCUGAAGACAAAGCCAACCAGGACAUCCAGUUCAUGUUUCCAUUGACUUUCAGAGAGCUGAAUGUGCUGAAAGAGGAAAAGUUCAGCUUGGUGGAACUUGUUCAUCACUUCUUCACUGAAACCAAAGAAGCAGGAAUCUGCAGCUUUGAACACUUCCAGGUUGUGUUCAUCUUUGAUGGUCUGGAUGAGUGUCGACUUCCUCUGGACUUCCACAACACUGAGACCUUGACUGAUGUUACAGAGCCCACCUCAGUGGAUGUGCUGCUGACAAACCUCAUCAGGGGAAUCCUUGGGCCCUCUGCUCGCCUCUGGAUAACCACACGACCUGCAGCAGCCAAUCAGAUUCCUUCUCAGUGUGUUGACAUGGUGACAGAGGUCAGAGGGUUCACUGAUCCACAGAAGGAGGAGUACUUCAGGAAGAGAUUCAAAGAUAAGAAGCAGGCCAGCAGGAUCAUCUCCCACAUGAAGGCAUCACGAAGCCUCCACAUCAUGUGCCACAUCCUAGUCUUCUGCUGGAUCACUGCUACAGUUCUGGAGGAUGUGCUGAAAACCAGAGAGAGAAGACAGCUCCCCAAGACCCUGACUGAGAUGUACAUCCAAUUCCUGGUGGUUCAGGCCAAAGUGAAGAAGGUCAAGUAUGAUGGAGGAGCUGAGAGAGAUCCACACUGGAGUCCAGAGAGCAGGAAGAUGAUUGAGUCUCUGGGAAAACUGGCUUUGGAUCAGCUGCAGAAAGGAAACCUGAUCUUCUAUGAAUCAGACUUGACAGAGUGUGGCAUCGAUAUCAGAGCAGCCUCAGUGUACUCAGGAGUGUUCACACAGAUCUUUAAAGAGGAGAGAGGGCUGUACCAGGACAAGGUGUUCUGCUUCAUCCAUCUGAGUGUUCAGGAGUUUCUGGCUGCUCUUCAUGUCCAUCUGACCUUCAUCAACUCUGGAGUCAAUCUGCUGGAAGAACAACAAACAACCUCCCAGAAGUCUGAAACAGGAGAAUCUGCAGAGAAAUCCUUCUACCAGAGUGCUGUGAACAAGGCCUUACAGAGUCCAAAUGGACACCUGGACUUGUUCCUCUGCUUCCUCCUGGGUCUUUCACUGCAGACCAAUCAGAGUCUCCUACGAGGCCUGCUGACACAGACAGGAAGUAGCUCACAGACCAAUCAGGAAACAGUCCAGUACAUCACGGAAAAGAUUAGUGACAGUUUGUUUGCAGAGAAAAGCAUCAACCUGUUCCACUGUCUGAAUGAACUGAAUGAUCGUUCUCUAGUGGAGGAGAUCCAACAGUCCCUGAGAUCAGGAAGUCUCUCCACAGAUAAACUGUCUCCUGCUCAGUGGUCAGCUCUGGUCUUCAUCUUACUGUCAUCAGAAGAAGAUCUGGAUGUGUUUGACCUUAAGAAAUACUCUGCUUCAGAGGAGGCUCUGCUGAGGCUGCUGCCGGUGGUCAAAGCCUCCAACAAAUCUCUGUUGAGUCACUGUAACCUUUCACAGAGAAGCUGUGAAGCUCUGUCCUCAGUUCUCAGCUCCCCGUCCUCUAGUCUGAGAGAGCUGGACCUGAGUAACAACAACCUGCAGGAUUCAGGAGUGAAGCUUCUGUCUGCUGGACUUAAGAGUCCACACUGCAAACUGAAGACUCUGAGACUCAGUGGCUGUAACCUCUCAGAGACCAGUUGUGAAGUUCUGUCCUCAGUUCUCAGCUCACAGUCCUCUCGUCUGAGAGAGCUGGACCUGAGCAACAAUGACCUGCAGGAUUCAGGAGUGACACUUCUGUCUGCUGGAGUGAACAGUCCUCACUGCAAACUUGAAAGUUUCAGACUGAGUGACUGUUACCUCUCAGAGAGAAGCUGUGAAGCUCUGUCCUCAGUUCUCAGCUCCCAGUUCUUUAGUCUAAGAGAGCUGAACCUGAGUAACAAUGAUCUGCAGGAUUCAGAAGUGAAGUUUCUGUCUGUAGGACUGAAGAGUCCACAUCACAAUCUGAAUGCUCUCAGACUGAGUGACUGUAACCUCUCAGUGAGAAGCUGUGAAGCUCUGUCCUCAGUUCUCAGCUCCCAGUCCUCUAGUCUGAGAGAGCUGAACCUGAGUAACAACGAUCUGCAGGAUUCAGGAGUGAAGCUUCUGUCUCCUGCACUACAGAGUCCACACUGUGAAGUGGAAACUAUCAGACUGAGUCACUGUAACUUCUCAGAGAGAAGCUGUGAAGCUCUGUCUCCAGUUCUCAGUCCCCAGUUCUCUAGUCUGAGAGAGCUGAACCUGAGUGACAACAACCUGCAGGAUUCAGGAGUGAACCUUUUGUCUGCUGGAGUGGAGAGUCCACAGUGUUCGCUGGAAAUUCUGAGACUGAGUCACUGUAACCUCUCAGGCAGAAGCUGUGAAGCUCUGUCCUCAGUUCUCAGCUCCACGUCCUCUAGUCUGAGAGAGCUGGACCUGAGUAACUCUGACCUGCAGGAAUCAGGAGUGAAACUUCUGUCUGUUGGAGCAAAGAGUCCAAACUGUGAACUGGAAACUCUCAGUCUAUCAGGCUGUCUGAUCACAGAGGAAGGCUGUACUUCUCUGGCCUCAGCUCUGAGCUCCAACCCCUCCCAUCUGAGAGAGCUGGACCUGAGCUACAAUCAUCCAGGAGACUCAGGAAUGAAGCUGCUGUCGGCCGCACUGAAGGAUCCACGCUGGAGACUGGACACUCUCAGGGCGGAGCCUGCUGGAGUGCGAUGGCUGAUCCCAGGUCUGAGGAAGUAUUCCUGUCAACUCACAAUCGACACAAACACAGUACAGACAAACUUACAACUAUCUGACAACAACAUGAAGGUGACACGUGUGGAGGAGGUUCAGUCAUAUCCUGAUCAUCCAGACAGGUUUGAUGUUUGGGAACAGCUGCUGUGCAGAGAUGGUCUGACUGGUCGCUGUUACUGGGAGGUCGAGUGGAGAGGAAAGGUUUGGAUAUCAGUGAGUUACAGAAGAAUCAGAAGGAAAGGAGGUGGUGAUGACUGUUUGUUUGGAGGGAAUGAUCAGUCCUGGAGUCUGCAGUGCUCUGAUUUAUUAAGUUAUGGGAUCUGGCACAAGAACAGACAAACAUCUAUCUCCUCCUCCUCCUCUCUCUCUAACAGAGUAGCAGUGUAUGUGGACUGUCCUGCUGGCACUCUGUCCUUCUACAGAGUCUCCUCUGACACUCUGAUCCACCUCCACACCUUCAACACCACAUUCACUGAACCUCUUUAUCCUGGGUUUACACUAGGAUCUGGUUCCUCAGUAUCUCUGUGCUGA